CAUUAAUCCGGAGACACCUUGUGAUAAUUUAUACCACAGUUCUUCCCUUAGAAAAGGCCGGGUUACAAUGUAUUUGAUCAAAAAGCAAUAUGGCGGACGAAAUGCUUCGUGUGGUUGAAUUCUACAGCGGCAUUGGAGGAAUGCACUUUGCCUUGAAAGGAUGUCGAUUUUCUGGGAAGGUAUUUGCAGCCCUGGAGAUCAACACUACAGCAAACCAAGUGUACCAGUUAAAUUUUGGUGAUACAAAAUUACUUCAAAAAAAUAUAGAAGGUCUUACAGUCCAAGACCUUGAUGGUCUUUCUCCUGAUGUGUUUUUAAUGUCACCACCUUGUCAGCCAUUCACAAGGGUUGGUCUUCAGGGAGCUUCCAAAGACCCAAGAACAAGAAGUUUUCUUCACAUUUUGGAACUCCUUCCACAGUUGUCAAGAUCACCCAACUACAUUCUAAUGGAAAAUGUGAAAGGAUUUGAAACUUCAGAUACAAGAGAACAAUUUUUACAUACGCUGAAGGCUUGCGGCUACAGUUAUCAGGAAUUCUUGUUAUCUCCGACUCAGCUUGGAAUCCCAAAUUCUCGUCUGAGGUACUACCUUCUGGCUAAAAAGAAACCGCUUCAGUUUCACUUUGCCACACGUGAUGAGAUCAUGGAGAGUUUUCCAUACAUGAUAACACGCGAUAAAUGUGACAAUCAAUGCAGCGACUGUGGAAGAGAUUGUGUAGCCGAACCAGGAUGUACAACCAAUGAAGUUAAGCCAACUGGGCUAUUACCUGCUUCGGAUUGCACUGUGGAUAGUACUCACAGAGAUCGACAUAACACAGGGUGCCUCAAAUGCCUUCAAGCUAAAGUCAAUGUAGAACUGAAGCCUGUACUUGAUAAAUAUAAUCCCACAAACUGUAGAAAAAUUGGGGACUACUUAGAGAAAGGUAACAAUGACAAUUACUUCGAGAAGUACCUACUGCCGGCGAAAGUUUUAAGCAAAUUUGUUCUUCUUUUAGACAUUGUCAAUCGUCAGUCCGCACGUUCUUGCUGCUUCACCAAAGCCUAUGGACACUAUGCUGAAGGCACUGGCUCGGUGCUGAAGAUGGCGGAUAUUGAUGACACAGAGAUCUUCGAGAGAUACAGAGAUCUCACGGAUGACCAAAGCAAAUUGGAGCUGUUGUCUGUGUUGAAGUUAAGAUACUUUACUCCGCGCGAGGUGGCCAAUCUGCAUGGUUUUCCGUCUGACUUUUGCUUUCCCACUUCCGUGUCCGUCAAACAACAGUAUCGCCUUCUGGGAAACAGCCUGAAUGUUCACGUUGUGUCUGAGUUACUGAACUGUCUCUUCCAGUCUCCCACGUGACACAAAAGACAUACUAUUUUGAAGUUGGCAUUUAUGGGCAUUCCGUGGCCAAAUCCUUCGGCAAAUUUGCAGCUACUGUCGCCACAAGUCAACCUUUGCUUAUAAAGUCCUUCGUUUAUUUAGCUCCCUCGAGCGAAUCAGCAACGAAGUCGCAAGCGUGAAGCGGCGAAACCAAUAGCCAGGGAAGAAUUAUUGGAAAGGACUUUUAGAAAUUCAAAUUUGCAGCCCGCGAUUUUAGUUUAUCUGUUUCUUUCACGAGCGUUUCCUGACUCCGCUUUUUACACUUGGAAUCUUGUCGUCGAAAAUAGAACACUGGCGCUGCCAUGUCAAGCGAUCGACGUAACUUCCUCCUAAAAACAACCAAUCGCUAGGAGGGGGUUGGGGUGGACAACUCCUUGGUUCAUGCUUACAGCACUGCCAUGAUUGCUGUAAGCUGAACUGAAUAUAAACAGAACUUGAAUUCUUUUCUGGGGUUCCUCAGUGGGAGAAUCCACGAUGCUAUCAAGGCACAACCGUACAAGACUUAGUUGUAAUAAUGUUAAUUUUUGAAAAGUUACACGGCUGAUGAGAAAAGAAAAGCAAGCAAAAAAGAGAAUAACGUUUCGGUUGUCAGUCUUGCACGAUGUUAUGCGAGAUGUAACGUGCAACGGAAAAAUUAAUUUAUGCUGUUGUUGAAACUAUAAAAUACAAUACAUCAGAACUAAAGUAAUCGCUCUUACAGUGGGGUAUUAGGUAAUCACGUGGGCUAUUCGAUUUAUCUCCUUCCUAGGUCUUCAGAGAUCUGGGAACGAGAAUAUUGAACGCGCUGGAUAAAUUUGUUCAAAUUUAAUUUUAAACGGGGUCAUCCGGAGGUCUCGCAAGGUCUCACAUGAAUAGCUUGAUACCUGUAAGGGAACAAUAUAAAACAAUUGCAAACAACAAAAAAAAUGCCCCUAGCCCCAAACCAAUAACAGCUUCUGCACACAAUAGCAGCACAGGGAAGCUGCUACACUAUUUCAAAUCUCCCAGUUCAUUCUAAAGUACAUUGCCCGUGCGUACCAAGAUUGGUAGAAUCCCGGGAGGAAAGGGGCACUCUCAUAUAAAAAAAGACGGGGGUGGGGGAGGGGGGGCUCGUCGGAAGGGGUACCAAGAUCCUGUUUUGUGGCCUUGAUUUUUUUUUAUUUACCCCUAAGAGGUACCAAUCCUAAAGCAAGACGUUAUCUUCUGUCAGAUUUUUUUCGGCUCAAUAAUGACCUUAAGAUCGAGGUUUUUCAGCAUUUCCCGCAAACCGUGAACGUCAAGAAGUCACGUGACCAGUGCGUUGGCGUCAGGUUUGCAGUUUGAGGUUCACGUUUGUACGGCUAGACCACGUUCUAGAGAUAGGUGAUUUACCGCAAGGUUUUUUGCAGCCUAAAACAACAAUCCCACGUUUGAGGGAAAAUACUGCUUUUAAAAACUAUAUCGCUUAUUAACUAUUGAAUUCUUUUUCAUAGGAACGAAAUUUUGAUGACGAUUUCUCAGCUAAAACAGAAGUGAACGAACGAAUGAAAACAAACAUGGCAGCCGGUGAAUUAACCCGCGAAUCUUAAGUCCCAAAUGUGGGCAGACGGCUAACGUGAAACCGCUAACCGCAAACCGCGGCUUGCCGUUUGUGGUAUGAUCGCCAAACCUCGAUCUUAAGGUCUCCAAUAUUACCCUAAAAGUUACCGCAAAAGUUCCCGCUAUGGACCUUUUGAGGCUGAACACCCUAACAGGUAACAACGCUUUUUUUACCCUAAUAGGUACGACGAGCACCCGAACACCCCCGUCCUUUUAUAUGGGAGUCCACCCCCGCCCCCCACUCCGUGGGAAUAAUAUUGUACGUCUCAUUAGUACAUAAGCAACUGUUUUAUACACGAGUUCACUCUAAUGAAACCAAAACAAGAAGAAAAGCUAAGAAAGAUUCCUAUAGGUUUCCAAGCACAACACAACAAUAUUCAGUCAGACUUCUCAAAAUAAAUUACCCAGUUCUUUAUUUAGACGUUAGAAAUCCUUGCAUUGGUCAUAACACACGUCAUACUUCUGACCUUACAAACUUGCGCUUUGUUAUCUCACCCUUUAGCUCACGUCAUAUGUACGUUUG